AUGGAUUGCGCCCGUGAAUCUUUCGCAUUUGCAACAUAUAAACCAAAAUCAGAAAGGAAAGUUAAAAAGUUUGUUCAUUCGUUAUAUAAUAAUGUUCAAAAAUAUGAUAACUCAGUAUGUGGUAAAUAUAUUGACCCUUCAGAAGUUUUCAAGAACGCAAAUGAAGAAGUUGAUGUCACUUUUGAUAUGAUUAUUCCGGUAAAUGAUUUGUUAGCAUUUCAGGCGUUCGAUGAUUAUCCUAAAUCAUUUGGUGAUAUCAUUCUUAAAUAUUAUGUUUUCAGGGAUACUUUAGUAUUUUGUCAGGUUGACCCGUUAAGAGUUGCUGAUUUACAAAAUUACGUUUAUGAAAAGAUAACUGAUGAAAAUUAUGAAAAGAUUAUGAAUCAUGUUUAUAAAUAUGAUCGCAAAUUCCAACAAAUCGGACUUCCUGCCAAAUUAAUUACAAGCUUAGCCGCUACAUCUGCUGACGCAACAGUUGAUGACGUUAUUAUUUCAUGCACAAAGAUGGAAGUUUUAGAGGAUAAAUGCAUUACACCAGGAUACGGUUUAAUUGAAGAAUCAGUUAAAGCAAUACCACGUUUAUUCAGUAAGGAAGAUCCAUUCAUGAUUCCAGCUCAACAUAUUGACGUUCGUUCACUAAAUGGAGGUUGCAUCACUCCUGAAGGUAUCAGCUCAGAUUUCUCAUACGCUCUUCAUAAUGUUACAGAUGUUGUGUUAACAUUUCCGAAGAAUGCAAUGCAAAGAACAGUUUUAGAAAAUCCAAUGCUUCGAGGUCUUCAGGUCACUAUAGAUUCCAGAAACUUCCCCGAUCAAGCGAUGACCACAGUGGGUGACAUAUUCUUUACACGUAUGCUUCAAGCUUCUGAUUUAGAUGGAGUGAAUGAAUGCACAGAAGAAUACGAGGACUCAUUAACUAGACCACUGAAUGAUGAUGAUGGCACGCCAUUAGCUAGAACAUGGAAAGACCAAACUUCAUUCUUAUGCACUAUUCCAGUUCAACGUGAUGGAGCGGGUAUAUUCUUUGAUGGAUUAGAAACUUUCAACUCACAAGUUACAGUACAAGUGAAAGCUUAUCCAAUCAUUCAGGGUGUAAAUGACACUUACUGUUCAAAGGUGACAAAUCCUCCUCAGGUUUGGUUUACUAGGACUACAUAUUGGACAUGGACACCGGAUGAAGGUUUGAAAUAUCAUCCAACAGGUACACCACCACAGUAUAGAAGUUCAUAUGAUGAAAUAUUGAUGAAUAGAAAUGUUUAA